AUGGCUAAGACCAGAAACGAGAAAUCUAUUAAGAAGCCGAGUAUUGAUAGAUUUGGAAGUGUACUACAGCUUUUGGGAACAGACUUGAAGACAUUUUGCCAGGAGAUUGCGGAUGAAGUCAAAGAGAUGUAUUCAGAAGCCUGCGAUCAGGUUCUCCAAGAUCGAAUUGAGCUCAAGAAUAUGUUGGAGCCAUGUUUUGAAGGAAAAGUAUGUCUAUUUUUUUAGUUUUUAAUAUCGUUUUAGAUGCCAUCGACUCCAAAAAAGAAUUAUAAGCCCCCUGCCGGCUUCGUUCAUAGAAAGCCUCCACAUGUUUUGGAAUUCGAUGAUGAAAAUGAACCCGAAGUUCCGUCAACGUCUACACAUAAACAAAACAUUGAAGAUAAUGUAAUCGAUGUACAUAAACAGCAUAUCAGUCCUCGUAUUCAAGAGACAGAGGUGGUUAUUGAGGACAAGCUGUAAGACUGAUUAUUUGUGGCAGCUUUACUUUUUAAAAUUUUUAGGCAUCAUGCUCACAUUGAGGUUCAUGUGACGGAAGCCACCGCAACCGUUCCUGUCUUCCCUGUGACGAGAACGUCUGUUAAAACUCCAGAGCCGUUGCCUAGAACGCUCAAGCCUCGGACUCCAGCUCAUCUGGUUGACGCCAUUCCAGCUACUCCUUCCCCUAUUGUUCCUGUUUUGAACAAGGUAAGUGUAAGUAUUGUUUCCUAAUUGGCGUUUUGUUUUAGCCCCUCACUCGUUCAAAGGUUACCAAGUCGAAGAAUGCGUUAACCGCGGACGAAGUAAGUCAAAUAAUUUCAAUUUUGAUCUACGUUUUUCUUACAGUUGCAAAAGAAGAACGAGUUGGCAGCUGCAAGGAAGGCUGAAUUACAGAAAGAGAAGGCCGAGCGUCACAAAUAUGACAACGACCAGAGAAAGAGACGGGUGGAAGAGAACAGGAGAAAGAAAAUGCUGGAAGAAGCUCAGAAGAAGGAGGAACAUCGGAAGAAACAUGAGGCCAUUAAGAAGUUUCAAGAAGAGCAACGGAAAACUCCGUUACCAACUACACCAAAACCAUGCACUCCAAAAACACCACGCCAGAAGGCUGUUCCAGCAAAGAAGGCCAAGCCAGGACCUGCUGCAGUUCAUCGACCAAAAGCCAUGGAAAUUGAUGAAAGGACCGAAGAGAUGGAUCAUCAAUCAUGUGAAGCGAUUCAUCCAACUUUAAGUGAGCGUAUUGUAGAAGAAGAUGAUCAGACUGUAGAUCAGAAUAAGAUAAACGAAACGUAAGGAGAUUUUUUUAAUUAUAUCUUUUUCGUUUUCUACUUUUUACAUGACUUAUUUUGAUUCGGUCCGAACGGUGCACCUGACGAAUUGUGCCCCUGGCUGAACAGUGCACCUGGGUGAAUUGUGCACCUGGCUGAACGGUGCACCUGGGUGAACAGUGCACCUAACAUUUUCUUUUUUGAACAGUGCAGCUAGGCGAAUAGUGCACCUUGAAAAAAAGUUUCUUUGUGCAUUAUUGAAGAAAAUUUGAAAGGUUUUCGUUGCGGGACUGGGGAAAAUUUUGAAAAAAUUCGAAAGGUUUUUGCUUCGGGACAAGGAAAAAGAAUUUUUUUGGAAAAUUUUUAAAAAAUUUGAAAGGUUUUCGCUUCAGGACAGAGAAAAAAUAGUUUUUUUGGAAAAUUUUUAAAAAAUGUAAAAGGUUUUCGCUUCGGGACUGAAAAAAAGGAAUUUUUUGGAAAAUUUAAAAAAAAAAUUGAAAGGUUUUCGCUUCGGGACAGGUAAAAAUGAUUUUUUGGAAAAUUUUUAAAAAAUGUGGAAGGUUUUGGCUUCGGGACUGGGAAGAAGAAACUUUUUGAAAAAUUUUGAAAAAAUUUGAAAGGUUUUCGUAUUUAGUCAUAUUUAGUUUUUCACAAUCAAAAAAAUUGGUAAAAACGGCUUACCUUGAUCCCCCCUUGUCAUAUUUACCCUUUCACGAAGAAAAUUUUUUUACCCUAUCCCGAAGCGAAAACUUUUCAAAUUCUUUUCAAUUAUUCACAAAAAUUUUUUUUCUUCUCCCGAAUCGAAAACCUUUCAAAUUUUGUUCAAAUUUUCCAAAAAAUUGUUUUUUUCUUGUCCCGAAGCGAAACAUUUCAAUUUUUUCAAUUAUUCACAAAAAAUUCUUUUUUCCCAGUCCCGAAACGAAAACAUUUCAAAUUUUGUUAAAAUUUUCCAAAAAAUUCCUUUUUCCCUGCCUCGAAGCGAAAACAUUUCAAAUUUUGUUCAAUUGUUCAUAAAAAAUCUUUUUUUUUCAAGGUGCACUGUUCGCCCAGGUGCACUGUUUGUUUCAGGUGCACUGUUCGGACACAACCCUUAUUUUUUAGACAAAUUCUUGACAAAGAGAAUCAAGUGAUCCCAUCCACGCCACAACCACAAAGGCUUAACCAGAGGUAUGUUCAUCGACUAGACUUCUUCAAAGUUUCCUUUUUCCCGUUAAGGUUACAUUAUUUACAGUGCAUACGAGAUGACCCCCGAGAAAGUCCCUAUUCCGAGCACUGAAAACGAUUAUAAUGUCGCGGAUCUGUCAUCGAACGACGAGACUGACAAUGAAGAUGAGCCGCGGAAGAAGGUCCCCGGAUGGGCACAAAAGGACCAGCUUCGAGUACACAUCAGUGCCUUGAAACAACGGAUGUCCAAGGAACAGAUUGACAACCAUUUCGGUCAGGUCAGACCUCCCCGAGUGCUCGAGAUCUUCGGUGGACCCACAAAGAAGACCUACCGCAAGUUGGAUGAGACUACUUUGUGGGAUUCCCCUAUCCAGAAUCCUCGUCCAGCCCCACUUCAGAACAUCCGAAGUCUAAAUUAA